AUGAAUAAAGACCAGGCAGAAAAAUAUCAAGAACGGAGUCUGCGACAAAAAUACAACCUACUACAUGUACUGCCAACACUGAAUUCCAGAGCGUUAUCGGGACUAUACUAUAAAAAUUUUCAUAAUUCUGUGAAGCGAUAUCAAAUCAUGCUGCCAGAACAACUGAAAAGUGGGAAAUUUUGCUCCCAUUGCGGGUGUGUUUACGUUCCUAAUUUUAACGCAAGUCUUCAGUUAACGACUAAUACCGAGCAAGGUGACUCCGACGAACUUGGCGGCGAGAGUAUGGAAGGACCAAAAAAAUGUAUCCAGGUUAAUUGCUUGAAUUGUGAAAAGUCUAAAUUGUUUGAGUGGAAAUCUGAGUUCGUUGUUCCAACAUUUGGACAAGAUGUUAGUCCGAUGAUCAAUAGUACCAGCAGCGGGAAGGUUUCGUACGCGGUAAAGAAGCCCCAAAAGAGUAAAACUAGUACUGGUAAGGAGAGAUCCAAGAAGAGAAAGUUGAACUCACUUACAAACCUUUUAUCGAAAAGAAAUCAAGAGAAAAAAAUGGAAAAGAAGAAAAGUUCGUCACUGUCAUUAGAAAGUUUUAUGAAAAGUUGA